CGCCCCCUCUUCCCUCGACUUCUCAUCAUCCACCCCUGGUUAACAUUGGUUUCUUGAACACACCCAUCCACCCUCGACCACGGUCUCUCGACAACAACGGCGCGCCCUCGAGCCUCGCCACUCUCGACUCUUCGACACUCGACGCGCAUACACGAAUCAGCAUAAGCAGUGCAUACGGAAAAUCGAGAGCAAAGCGAACAGUGCUCAAACGCCGAUCCCACUCCCACGCGCAACCGGCCAGGCCUACGACGUGACACCAACGACGCGUCCACAUUACUCGACCCAUCCAUCCAACGCGUUAUCGAUUGUCCUCUCUCGCGUCGCAACGGAAAUGCUCUCCCCGCUCCCCAACGCUGCUGCUGCCCUCGAAGCUCCGCGCACGGUCGAGCGUCGCCGCCGCGGUCGCGGUAUCGACUUGAUGACUGCUCACCCCACACCACCGCGUUCUCACGAGCAGGGACACCUCCCAACGCCGGUGACGGAGCGUCGCUCGGUCAAGCACCACCACGGGCACGGCCAAAAGGGUGCGAGCACAAUGUUACCCACUCCGCAAACGCUUCCGCGCAAGGUUGCGUCUCGUGACGACUCGGGUUCUGACAGCGCUGUGUCCAUGUCCCCGCCAUCACCAAGUGGCCACACGACGUUCUUCUUAUCAUCAACAUCCACCGCGUCAUCAGACCGCGUUGCUCACGGCCGCCGCCCAGGACUGUUAUUUGCCCAGCAGAUGGGCCUGGCGGCUGGACCAUCAACCGGCGGCACCGUCAAGUUUGGUGGACGCCUUGGAGUUGGUGUGGGAAUGGGCGGUGGUGUGCGCAGCGCUGCUCACGGCCCGGUGGACAAGAUUUCCCUUGGAUCGGCGCUCGAAGACAACCCAUUCAUCGACACACCCCAAGUGGCCGACUCGAAGCGCCGCGUCUCGGCCUCGGGCAACCCGUUCAUCUCUUUCUCGCCAGCUCCGCCCUUGUCGCCGGGUGCUGAAACGACCUACAUCCCCCAGCUGCUGCGCCCCAGUGCGGAGCGGUCGGUGUCGCCCAAUCCCCCGCACCACAGCGAUGAUGCCCAAGCGAUGACUACACCAACGAGGCCCAAGACGGUGAUCAACCCUCCUCUGAUGUCAGCGCGCGAGGACUCCACACCACCCCGUGCCCGUGCUCCACAGCGUGAGCUCAUGGACCUGGACGACAACCCGUUCAUUGCCAAGCCCGGCGAGAUUGUCAAGCCCCACCCAACGCGUGAAGACCGCCCGCUCGUCACCUACGUCUUCCGUGGUGCUAAGAAGGUGUUUGCCAACCCAUUCGUGCACCCCAGCACGCGGUAUCCAGCUGCGGAACUGGAUGUGUCACAUCCCGAGUUUGACACGCACCCAUGUCCACCACCACGACUCCUCUGGCCGACCAACGACGCCUCCAGCAAGCGUCGUCUUCCGCGUGUGGAGUCGAUGGAGAUGGACGUUGAUGCCGGCAUGCUGUCCGAGGACGACGACGAGUUUGUGGCGGCGUCGAGUGACAGCGACGACGCCCCCCCGGUCCGGCGCGGACUGUUGUUCGGUCAGCCUGCCAAGCGCACCGUCGACGAGGGCACCCCUCCCUCAGCACGCAAGCGUCGCCGCAGCGACUUUUAGGAUGUUUAAAGCGCUGCCCAGAUCCCCAUUGUCUGUCGGGGAUCAUGGCGCACCUGCAUAGUAUUAGAAGUCAAGUUUCUUGGUGCUUGAUCAGUAGUCAUUAGUAUUGUUCCCCUCCUCCUUGUAGGUAGUCGCAAGUUGCGCACACUUUGCAGCCACAUUGUCCAUUCCAGAGGUACGACUUGCACCGCCCUUCACACGCACUCUUUCCGUAUAAUGCGGUGUAUGGAGGAAUGUCAUUUGUGCAGAAUGAAAGCAAUGUGGUACCUCGAAGUGGAUGGAGCCAGCCAAGCCCAGACGUGAGUGUCAGUGCAUCUUCAGGUGUUGCCACUGACUCUCGACUGGGGCUCCCAAAG